CUUUUUUUAGCGGCGUUUCUUAUGUGGCUGGUGAAAAAACAUAAUUUGCGAAACUAUUUUAUUCUAUUUACAUUCGCAAAAAAUGCUUAAACAAUAAAUAAUAAAGUGAAAUUAUAUUGUGAACUUGAUAGUUUCGAAGAAAUAUAUGUGAAAAAUACGCUAAUAAGUGAACUUUUCUAGAAAAAGUUUAGCAAAGUUGCAAAGAAAAAAAAUAAGCGAAACGACAAUAUUCUUGAGAAAUAGUGAAGCUGCUGCAAGAAAAAAUAAAGAGAAAAACGUAAAAUAAAGGAAAGAAAGAAGACAUAAAUUAAAAAUCUAUGAAAAAAAUUUUCUAUAACACUUUCAUACAGGGUGGGUAUUUGAUUAAAUAUUAACAUAAAUGGGCAAAGAAAAAUCCACAACCGAUUUAGCCUGUCAUAAUUCAAAUGAUGCUAAGAAAACUAUUGAGGAAAACAAGGAAAAUUCUUUAAAGGAUAAAAAUUCCAUACAAUCCGAUAAGAAAACAAAGAAUAGCAGCAAAUUGAAUUCCAAAAAAUCAGAGGUAUUGGAGGAUGAUAACAGUAACGACAGCAGUACAAGUACAGACACAAAAGCCAGCAGCAGCUCAAGCAAUAAUUCCUCCAGUACCUCAGCCUCAAAAGAAACUUCAACUUCAAAGAGUAAAACUUCAUCAUUAGCAACGGACAAGGCAACGGAUAACAAACAAGAAACCGAAGAAAAAGUCGAAAAUCCAGCAGCAAGUGAAGAUAAAACGUCGGACGAUAAAACGUCGGACGAUAAAACGUCGGACGAUAAAACAUCGGACGAUAAAACGUCGGACGAUAAAACGUCAGAAGAUAAAAAAGAAGAACCUCAAUUCCGCGUGGCCUCCAAUAACACAGGUUUUAAAUUACGCAUAGUACCUUUAGAAAAAUUACUCGAAAAGCCUAAGCAAAUCGAAGUAGCAAAAGAAAAGAAGCGUUCAGCAUCUCCACCCCUAAAGAAAAAAAACGAACGAUUCGUAAGAAGUGCAAGAUCUAGCAGAGAUAAUCCCGUUAGACGUUUGCCCGAACGGGCACGUAAACCUACUUCUUUUGUAGUAAUUUCUGAAAGUGAAUCGGAGGAAGAAACAUCUGAGCGAAGUAAAAGUGAGUCUGAAUCAAGUGGAGAGGAACCGCCGCCAACUAAAAAAGUAGCAAAGGUAAUUGCUGCUAAAUUUAAAUCCAAACCCCGCCCUCCUUCUCCAUCUACCGUAAGACGCUGUGUAGUAAAAAUAAAACGUUCCAAAUUAUCGGAUUUCAAGAAUCUAAAGUCGACAACCAACAAAAAAACUAAAAUGAAUGGUGGCACCGAAAAGCCUUCCACAUCGGCCGCCCGCAGAAAACCUCUAUUUUCGGAUAACGAAAAUGAUUCCGAUUCCGAUGUACGAGUCUCUGACGUUGAGGAUAAUGCUGAUGAAGACGAAGAGGAGGCCAGCCAGAGGGAUAGCAGCGAUAGCGAAGUAAUCCCAACACGCAAAAGACGUGUAUUCAAUAGAGGUAAAAAGUCAGAUAAUUCCGAUGAGGAUUUUGAACCCGACAAUAAAUCGAAAAAGAAGAAGCGACGUAUUCGAAAAAAUUCCACUGAUGACUCAGAUGACGACGAUGAUGAGAAAAAGGACAAGACCAAACGAAAGGACAUUCGUAAAAUAAUAAAAACUUCGGAACUUAAUAUUAGCACUAAAACCGCUACCAAGGAAGAGGAAGAACGACGUAAACGUAUUGAAGAGCGCCAGAAAUUGUAUAAUCAAAUCUACGAGAAACCCGACAGUGUUGAAGUUGACGAGUUGGUUUUAGAUUUUGAUCCCGAAUCAAGGAAAACUCUGCUAGAGGUGGACAAGGGCCUAAUGAAAAAACUCAAGCCUCAUCAAGUAACAGGUGUUAAAUUCAUGUGGGACGCUUGUUUCGAGACCAUAGAGGAUGCACAAGAAAAACCAGGAUCUGGUUGUAUUUUAGCCCAUUGCAUGGGUCUGGGUAAAACCAUGCAGAUUGUCACCCUCUCUCACACACUCCUGGCCAAUUCCAAGAAAACCAAUGUCGAACGAGUGCUCAUCAUUUCACCCCUAAGUACGCUUAACAAUUGGGCCCGGGAAUUCAAACACUGGAUAAGCUUUACACGCAAACGCAACAUAGAAAUCUACGAUAUGUCCAAGUAUAAAGAUAAAAAUACACGAAUUUUCAAACUGAACGAAUGGUUCGAGGAGGGCGGUGUCUGUAUUAUGGGUUACGAUAUGUAUCGUAUAUUGACCAACGAAAAGGCCAAGGGCUUGCGCAAGAAACAACGUGAACAGUUGCAACAGUCUCUGGUUGAUCCCGGUCCCGAUCUGGUGGUCUGUGACGAGGGCCAUUUGUUAAAGAAUGAAAAGACUUCGAUUAGUAAGGCUGUAACACGUAUGCGCACCUUAAGACGUAUCGUUUUGACCGGUACACCAUUGCAAAAUAAUCUCAAGGAAUACUAUUGUAUGAUUCAAUUUAUCAAACCCAAUCUCUUGGGUACAUACAAGGAAUAUCUUAAUCGUUUCGUAAAUCCCAUAUCGAAUGGUCAAUAUACGGACUCCACAGAACGCGAUAUACGUUUAAUGAAACAUCGUUCGCAUAUCUUGCAUCAGCUGUUGCAGGGUUGCAUACAACGGCGAGAUUAUUCGGUGCUGGCACCGUAUCUACCACCCAAACAUGAAUAUGUUGUCUACACCACGCUGUCCACGUUGCAGCAACUGUUGUACGAACACUAUAUGACAUAUCAACGUGAUGUCGGCGGUUCAAUAUCCGAGGGUAAGGGAGCUCGUCUGUUCCAAGACUUUCAAGAGCUACGACGCAUAUGGACACAUCCCAUGAAUAUGCGCAUUAACAGCGAUUCGGUUAUACGUAAAAAGGUAUUAGCUAAUGACAAUGAUUCAAUGGAUGACUUCCUGGACGACAAUGAUGACGACGACGAUGAUGAGCCGGCGGGUGCAGGUUCUUCAUCGGAGUCGUCGGUUGGUUCGUCUAAAUCAUUUGGCAGUGGGGGUGGUGGUGGUAGAGGUGCCCCUUCAAAGUCACGCAAGACUAGAAACUUCCGUCGCGAAGCUGCUGCCGCUGGCGUAGAUGUUGACAGCGAUAUAGAGGAGUUGCCGCCCGUACAGCAAGAUGAUCCAUCGGAGUGGUGGAAACGGUUUGUGGCUGACAAAGAACUUAACAAUGUCAAUCAUUCCCCCAAAUUGGUUAUGCUGAUGAGACUAUUGGAACAAUGCGAACAAAUUGGCGAUAAACUGUUGGUUUUCUCACAGUCACUGCAGAGUCUGGACACAAUUGAACAUUUUCUAUCAUUGGUAGAUAGUAAAACUAGAGGUUAUGAGUACGAGGGUGAUGUCGGCGAUUUCAGUGGCUUUUGGAAUAACGGCACAGAUUAUUUCCGCUUAGAUGGUUCGUGUUCGGUGGAGCAACGUGAAUCCAUGUGCAAGAGAUUUAAUGAUUCUACCAAUUUGAGAGCUCGUCUGUUUUUAAUUUCCACACGAGCCGGUGGUUUGGGCAUCAAUUUGGUUUCCGCUAAUCGUGUGGUUAUAUUUGAUGUCUCUUGGAAUCCAUCGCAUGACACGCAAAGUAUUUUCCGUGUUUAUCGUUUUGGUCAAGUGAAGCCUUGCUAUAUAUAUCGCCUCAUUGCCAUGGGCACCAUGGAACAGAAACUGUAUGAACGUCAGGUGGCAAAACAGGCCACUGCCAAACGUGUUAUUGAUGAACAGCAAAUAUCUCGUCAUUACAAUCAGUCGGAUUUACUGGAACUGUACACAUACGAAUUGCAACCGACUGUGCCCCGGGAAAUACCCAUUUUACCCAAGGAUCGUCUGUUCGCUGAACUGCUGUCGGAACAUGAGAAGCUGCUGUUCAAAUACCACGAACACGACUCAUUGCUCGAAAACGAAGAAAGUGAGAAUCUUAGCGAAUCGGAGCGUAAGGAGGCCUGGUCUGAGUUCGAGGCCGAGAAGACACGUACUGUGCAGACGGCUCAAUUUAUGGCGUAUGAUCGUUCCGCAUAUGGCGGCCAAUUUGGCAAUGCCUCGGGUAGUGUUACUUCCAAUAAAAUAUUCGGCUUUCGUUCGGAUGUACUACUACAAUUGCUUAACAUGAAAAUUGCUCAGGAUCAUCCUGAAAUGACACAAAAUCAAGUUAUACAAGUAGUACCAACAUAUUUGAAUCAGUUGUACAGCCAAAUGAAUGGUGGUGAUCCUACUAUGUAUAAGGAUCUUCUGUCAUUGCAUGGCACUCUGGCCCAUCCGAGUGGCAUGUAUAUGAAUCCGUUAUUAUAUGUUAAUCAAAAUCCACAGGCGGCUGGCUACUUUCAGGGCCAGGCAGCCAAUGGUGUGGCUGGUAGUGGUGCUGGUGUUGGUCUUGGCGUCGGUGGUGCACAAAUUGUUCCCAAUCCAGCGGCUCAAGCUGCGGCUGCCCCGCCAAGACCAGCACCAGGUUUCGAUCCGAAUGAGGUUUAUGAAAUUGAUUAAAAAAUAAUGUAACCUACAUACACAUAUACACUGACAACAAAUAAAAUACAAUUUCAUUUCAUCGACUAUAUAAUUUGUAGACUAGGAGACAUUAUAACUAUUAUUAUUUAAUUUUUUGUUUAAUUGUAAUAAUUAAUCUCUUUGUUUAUUGACAUUUAUUUUCAUGCAGUUUUUCUUCCGCCUUUUUUCCUAAAAACAUUUCCUUUUUUCCCAACUCCAGAAGAGUUUUCUGGCAAAACAAACAUUUAUGAGUGUUUUUAAGAUUUAUUUAUUUUUGAUUUUUUUCCCCUUCCCCUUUUAAAAAGUGGAUGUUUUAGAAAGUUUAUGUUUUUGUAAAUUAUUCUUUAAACUGAUCUCCCCUAAACUUGAAAAGGAAAAACUAUUUAAAAUUUACUUUAAUUUUACUCUCUGUUUGUUUAUUCAACCCUUAUUAGCCUCAACCUCAACCCUUUUUCAUUACAUUUCUAUAUCGUUUCCACUACUCAAUCAUUUUCUACUUUCAUUUCCAAUUUGAUAAGUUGAUUUAGAUGCUAUUUUUACAUUUUUUAUUUUUAUAUGCAAAUAUUUUUUAUUUUUUUUUUUGUUGAUAAAAGAAAGAGUAUAGAUUAAAACUCUUUAAAUCCAAUUUAAGUUACAUAUUGUUUAUUGAAGAUAAAUUAUACAUAAUUUUUUAUUUUUAAUUUAACAAAUACACAACCACAUACACACAUUUAAAUUAAUAA